AUGCCAGCCAUUUUGUCGCGAGUCGCUCCACGCAUCAACUAUGUCGGAUCCCGACUCAUGGCCUCCGCCGCCAGAUUGGAAACCGUUCCAAGAGAGGAGAUUCACAAGGAAUACGACAGAAAGAAGACUUUCUACCACAAAGACCUCGAGAUUCAACUUGCCAGCCCAGCUCAAUUAAAGACCAAGCCAUUAGACCCAACCAAGCUCAAAUUCGGACACACCUACGCUGACUACAUGAUGACCUGCGACUGGGAUGCUGAGACCGGAUGGCAUCAUCCAAAGAUCGAACCAAUUGCAGAACUCAAAAUUCAUCCAGGAGCAAAGGUUCUUCAUUACGCCAGUGAGCUAUUCGAAGGAAUGAAGGCCUACCGUGGAGUCGAUAACAAGAUCCGUAUGUUCCGUCCAGAAAUGAACAUGGCUCGUAUGAAGAGAACCGCCAUCCGUGCUGCACUUCCGGACUUCGACUCCGAGGAGAUGAUCAGUGUGCUUACCGAGAUGCUUCGUUUGGACCAAGAAUGGGUUCCAAACUCAGAUGUCUGCUCGCUUUACAUGCGUCCAACACUCAUCGGAACAGAUCCAACUCUUGGAGUCGCAGUUUCCACUGAAGCCAAGAUGUUCGUGAUCACUGGACCAGUCGGAGCCUACUAUUCAACUGGUUUCCAACCAGUCAGCUUACUCGCCGACUCUCGUUUCAUUCGUGCUUUCCCAGGAGGAGUUGGAGCAUACAAGAUGGGAUGCAACUACGCGCCAACUAUCUGGGUUGGAAAGGAAGCCGCCAGCAAGAACUGCCAACAAGUCCUCUGGCUCUACGGAGAGAACGAGGAUCUCACCGAGGUCGGUACCAUGAACAUUUUCUUGUUCUGGAAGAACGAAGAGGGAGAGAUGGAACUGAUCACCCCACCACUUCAUCGCGGACUCAUUCUCCCAGGAGUCACCAGAGAUUCAGUUCUUCAACUCGGAAGAGAAUGGGGAGAAUACAAAGUCACCGAACGUACAUUGAACAUGGAAGAAGUCAAGAAGGCGUUGUCCGAGAAGAGACUCUACGAGAUGUUCGGAGCAGGAACUGCUUGCGUCGUGUCCCCAGUUGGAAAGAUCCUCUACCACAACAAAGUCACAGAUGAGUACGAAGAGCUCCAGAUCCCAACCAUGGCCAGCAAAUACGGAGUUAUGCAAAAGUUCUACAACACAAUCAACGACAUUCAGUACGGGCGAAUUAUCAAGGACGGAUGGAUGCGUGACAUUUAA